UUUAUAACAAAAAACAAUGCACGUUCAGCACAUAGUUCACUCUCGCACAGCAAAAUUAUUGAGUUCACUGAUCAUCUCGCUUCUGUCGACCAAAAUUCACCUCCAUUCCUGGCAUCAUUGUGAUGGACUACGACUAUUGCAGUGGCGCCACAACGCCAGUGUUCAUCAGCCACUGUGCCCCAUACAACUUUCUGCGAGAAUACCGCCUGGCGUGCGAGGAUAGGAAUAUACCAGCCAUGACGCUGGUGCAAGAAGCCCGCAACGCUUGGCACGCACUUAGUGCCCAGGAGAGGUCCUUGUUCGAGGAAACGGCCUAUCUGAUGGCCCGGUUCGGACAGUCCAGCGACUCGGCGUUAAGGUUAACCAUUGAUGUCCUGUCCGCCCGGCAAACCGCUGUGCGAAGGAUGCACUGCGACGAUCGGCGAUCCAGCGAUCGUAGGCUGCAUCAGGCGAAUGCCAAGUUGCACAGAAAGAAGCGGCAGCAGAAGAUGGGUGCAGUCAGCAGGAAGCGUGCACCAGGUUAUUGGAAGUACCAGGUGUAGGGCAAGCACCUAGGGUACUCCCCAAUUUCACUGG